CUACUUUCCAAUAGUCAUAUUACAACAAAACAUGAAAUAGUCUUUUGAACUUUCACACAUCAAAAUGUUGCCCAUUCCACUUUUUUCAGCCUGUCUGCUUCUGGCGUGGACUGGAGCAGCAUCUGCUGCUCUACGCAGAUUUAACUUUACGAUCCACACGGGAUCAAAUGCGCCAGAUGGCUUUACUCGACAAGUUUACCUCAUCAACGGACAACAGCCUGCUCCCCUUAUCGACAUUAAUGAGGGAGAUGAUUUAGAGGUCUUUGUACAAAAUGAUCUGCCAGUAGCAAGCACGAUCCAUUGGCAUGGCCUACUCCAGCGUGGCACACCCCAGAUGGAUGGUGUUCCAGGUGUUUCGCAAUAUCCCAUUCCGCCUGGAGGAAACUUUACUUACAAGUUCAGCACCGGGACUGAGUACGGGUUUUAUUGGUAUCACUCCCACUUCCGCGCCUACUACGACGACGCAAUCCGUGGUCCGCUAUUGAUUCGUCCUUCUUCGUUACGUCGUCGCCCGUUCGAGAGUCUAGCGAAUGACACUGCCGCUACGAAAGCGCUCCUGCAGGCUGAGAUGGACGCAACCUCAAUCAUGCUAAACGAUUGGACUCACAGCACCUCGGACACUAUAUAUGCGACAUACUUCGAGAAUGGCGUCUUCCCCUCUUGUGUUGACAGUCUUUUGGCAAACGGAAUGGGUCAGGUACGAUGUCUUCCAGACUACAUCCUUGAGGCUGGAACCGGUCUCGGACUGAGUCCUGCACCUAUGACCAUGGCAGGAAUGAAAGCUAGACAGAUGGCUAGCAUGAUGAUGGCAAUGACUUCUUCGUCGACCAUGAUGGAAGCCGCGGCGACUUCGGUGUUGAUGGCAAGCGAUAGCACAACUACGAGCAUGGCAGGCAUGCUACCACAGUCGAGCAUUCCUGGGAUGGCGGCGUCAUCGUUGUCGAUGCCAAUGGCAAGCCCCAGUAUGUCGGCUAUGUCAGGUAUGCUAACCUCCCUAACACCUCGUGGGUGCACUCCGCCAAUGAUGUUCAAACCUGGCUACAAUGAGAGCUCUUUGCCGGCGGAUACAUGUAAAAAUACCACCUCUCCCUUAAUGAUCGUUACUGGAAACGCCACGCUGGGAUGGCUGGCUCUUAACCUCGUCAAUUCGGGAUCAGUUGCCAAGCUUAGUGUGUCACUCGACGCGCACUCUAUGUAUGUGUAUGCUGCAGACGGUCUAUACGUCGAUCUUCAGGAGGCCAAGGUUCUAUACAUGGCACUCGGACAACGCUACUCCGUCAUGAUCAAGCUCGACCAGAUGCCAGGAGAUUACGCUCUGAGAUUCGCUACAUACCCCACGGGUGAUAUGCAGCAGGUGCUCGAGGGCCAAGCUGUCAUGCGCUACAGUAGUUCUGCGAUGAUGGCCAGUACUAUUCCUGCUCCCUACAAUGCAUCCUCCAUUUGGACGUUGGUCAAUGGAUCAGCAAAAGGAGGCGCAACUCAACUUGAUCCAGCUAUGCUCGCACCUUUCGACGGGAACAGGCCGCCCUCCAAGAAAGCAGAUUUGACUAAGGGGUUCCAAGUCAGUCAGACAGGCAUUGUCGAAUGGGUCAUUGACAAGUAUCCAUACUCCGAGCCAAAGGUACCAAUUGUUUUUGGAAACAGCUCGGAUGGCUGGAUGGCAGGUUCGACACUCCAUAUGCCUUUCAACUCAACAAUCGACAUCAUCUUGACUAUCUCGAAUGACUCUAUGGACAUGAUGGGCCACCCGAUGCAUCUUCAUGGUCACAAGUUCUGGGUCCUAGGCUCUGGCGAUGGAGGAUUCCCAUAUGCCUCGGUCGCAGACGCACCGGCAGCUCUCAUAAAUACGGUCGACCCGCCAUUCCGCGACACGACCGACUUGCCAGCCUCCGGCUGGGUUGCCAUUCGUUACCUGACCGAUAACCCAGGCGCCUGGCUCCUCCACUGCCACAUUCAAUGGCAUUUAGUCAGCGGAAUGGGCCUAGUUCUCGUCGAGGGUGAAAGCCAAAUCGCCGACAUCUUGAGAGCAAGCAACUUCUCCAUGGCAUCACCGACAGAGUCGAUGACGACAGCAACGGCAACAGCUACAUCGACCCCGAAACUAGCAAGUGGCUCCACAAGCGCUUCGAGCAGUCUGGUGGUCGAGCAGGGACACCGCGGCGUGGCUAUGGUCGUUACUUUCAGCGCGGCGUUGGCACUCGUCCUUGCUGGACUCUUGUAAGAUGAUAUCCUGUAUAGAUACUGAGCGUCACCCGCUCUAUUAGUUGGUUAUAUCGCCGUGGAGGUAUUAUUGCUGUUUGUCCCCUUCAGAUGAAAUCUUCUGGAUAACAUAUAUGUUCAUUUACGGCGUAUAUCUGUUGCUGUUGUUGACUAGGCCCCGAGACUCCCUCCAAAG